GAUCACCAAAAUGGAGUAUAAUAUAUUGAAUUUCCAUAUUUGCCCUCCUGUGCGAGCCAAAAUAACUUUCUCGUUUCUAUCCUGCCCUCAGCCUCAGCCACCAUCGACGACCUCUCUCUAACUCUUCGUCUCUAACAUUUCCUUCCCCGAGCGAACCCGAAGCUUCCGAUCCUCCAACAAAUGCUGUUUGGAUGACCAGAAAAUUCUAAAGAAAGGAAAGGAAAAUCAUGAGGUCUUCUUCUGAGAGAAUCAACAUCGCGGCUAGUGCUCCAAGACUCCAUGUCGAUAACCGUAUAUCCAUGCGAUACUACUACCGGAUCGCCGAUAAUAUUCUCAAACAGGCUGACAUAUUCCGAGUGGAAAACAAUAUUAUAGAUUUGUAUGUAAUGCUCCUACGGUUUUCAAGUUUGGUGACAGAGACAAUUCCAUGCCAUCGAGAUUAUAGAGCGUCUUCACAAAAUAAAAAUCUUUAUUUGAAAAAGAAAUUAUUGAGUGCAGUGGCUGAGUUAGAGGAGUUGAAGCCAGUAGUGCAGCAGAAGAUCAAUGAAUUAAACAGAAAACAUACAUAUCAAACUAAUGGUUGGGUUAGUGUUGCUCAAAAUGCUUCACUAGAGUGGCCUUCUGUCAAGAAACAGACCAUAACUAACUAUAAUGUAACAAAGCCUUUGAGACUACCUACUCGAGAAUUCACCUAUCAAGGUUCAAGGGCUCAACAACUUCCUUAUGUGAGGCCAGUGGAUGAGCAAUUCCGUAGAAUGUCUCUAAACUUCCCUCGGCCAAAUGCAGAAACCCUGUCUAGACAUACAAUCUUGGGCCCAAAUGGUCUCCAUGGCCAGUGGCAGCCACCAAAGAGUGAUAAAUUGGUCAAGUAUCCAAUCAACAUAGACCUGUCUCCAGUGGAAAUCCCCAGCCUUCAGCAGCCUGUUGAAAGUGGAAGCACAGCAAGAACAGACAGUAUCGAUGUUGAACCUGAAAAAUCAAGUUUGGAGUCAAUUACUAUUUCAACUGAUGAAAUUGAGAAGCAUCCCACUGAGGAACCUUGCUCCAUGAUUUCCUUUGAAACAGUUGAAAUGCCUGUUUCUACAGAUAUCAUUAAACAACCUUCUCCUCCACCUGUACUAGCAGAAGUGCAAGAUUUGAUUGCAGCAAUGACUCCACAAGUUGCUGAGGCAGAAUGCCGGAAUGAGAAUUUAAUAAUGGAUGAAUUUGAUCGAACUGAGCCCCUCCAAUUGCACAUUUCAACCACAUUGAUGGAUAAUUUCAUGAAGCUUGCAAAGUCAAAUACUGAUAAAAAUUUAGAAACUUGUGGUGUCCUUGCAGGUUCACUCAAAAACAGAAAAUUUUAUGUUACUGCUCUCAUUAUUCCAAAGCAGGAAUCAACAUCAGAUUCAUGUCAGACCAUAAAUGAAGAAGAAAUAUUUGAAGUGCAGGAUAAACAAUCUCUUUUUCCACUUGGGUGGAUUCAUACACAUCCUACACAGUCUUGUUUUAUGUCUUCUAUUGAUGUUCACACCCAUUACUCAUAUCAGAUUAUGCUGCCAGAAUCUGUUGCAAUUGUUAUGGCACCCAGAGAUAGCAUGAAAAAGCAUGGAAUUUUUCGGUUGACAACGCCAGGUGGCAUGUCAGUAAUAAGACAGUGUCAACAACGUGGCUUUCAUCAUCACGAUCCACCUCCUGAUGGUGGACCCAUUUACAAAUCCUGUACAGAUGUAUAUAUGAAUCCCAAUCUAAAAUUUGACGUCAUUGACCUUCGUUGAUUACAGUCUUGCCAUAUGGAUGGGUAAUUUUUUGCAAUUUAAUUGUUCAUUAAUCAUUGCUAUACAAUUGAUAAUGUGUUAACCACUAGAGUCAACGCAUUAAAAUGUAAAACUACUUGUUUGUACAAUGAAAGGGAUUAUUGUCUGAUCACUGUA